AUGCAGUUGGAAGGUUUGAAUAAAAAUAAGGGAUAUGCAAACAUCAAGUAUGAUAAUGAAUUUGAGUUGGUAAAUGUGUAUGUAGAGCAUACCAUUGAUAAACCUAAUAUGGUAGAAGAGGCAAAACUAGGACAUGAUUAUGAUGAUGAGGUACUUAUUAAUGGUGAUUGUGGUCCGAAUUCUGAUGAUGAUGAAGUUGGAGUUGGUAGUGAUAGUGUCAAUGUUGAUGAAGUAGAAGCUGGAAGUGAUCAUGUUAAUGAUGAUGAAGUAGAAGUUGGAAGUGAUAAUGUUAAUAAAGAUGAAGUACAAAAAGGAAGUGAUAAUGUUGUUGAUGAAGUACAAAAAUAA